AAAGCAUAAGCACAAGCACUGCUUCCCAUUUUUCUAUUACUGGAAAUGAGCCUAACACAAGCCUGACCUGACUCUGGAUUUUGUACUCCUUACUCAACACUGUUUUUUUCUUUUGGCAUCCCUUCCAUCAAAAAAUAUACAACUACAACUACCCGUGUCUUCAACUCUUAAUCCUUUUCUCGUGUGUUGCUUUCAUUUGUUCUCUUUUUCUGGGUUUGUGAGAUCCCCUCUCUCUUCUGGGGUUCAUUGUUCUUUUGCUGAGAUCUGUUUGGUUUCCAAGUUUGUUCCUUUAUUUAGCUUCCGGGUCUUGUUCGUCCUUCAGAUUGUUGCUUAAUUUGGUUGUGAGAAGCCACAUAUAGUCGAGCUCAUUUGGAUUGUGUGUAAUGAAGUCUUCAGUUGGAGAUUGGAACCUGGGGUGUUGGGGGUUGAGGAAGAUUAGAAGCGAAUGAGGCGUAAAGCAAUUGUCUUUUGUUGUGAUACUGGUUUUGGUUGAAGAUUUAAGGUUGGGAGUCUUGUGGGUAUAUUUAGAUUUAAAUGGGUUUUGGUUGUUGAAGAGAAGUAGAGUAUCGUGGACGAAGACAACAAGGGAUGAUAUUCUGUAGUGCAAAGGAAGAGACUAAAAGGCUUGUUUUGUGGUGGGGGUGUCAUUUUCCUAGAAUUUUGUUGCUUAAUUGCUCUACUUAAAAGAGUGUUUUGAUUGUGGGCUCAAUUUCGAGGUUACAAAUUGCUCAAGUUUUUUUUUUUUUUUAAUCAAAUGAGACUUUCUUCGGCUGGUUUUAGUCCUCCACCCCAGGAAGGGGAAAAGCGAGUUCUAGAUCCAGAACUUUGGCAUGCAUGUGCUGGUCCCCUUGUGUCUUUGCCUGCGGUUGGAAGCCGCGUGGUUUACUUUCCACAAGGUCACAGUGAACAGGUGGCUGUGUCAACCAACAAGGAAGUGGAUGCUCAUAUUCCAAACUAUCCGAGCUUACCUCCUCAACUCAUUUGUCAACUUCAUAACAUGACUAUGCAUGCUGAUACUGAGACUGAUGAAGUGUACGCACAAAUGACCUUGCAACCUCUGAAUCCUCAAGAGCAAAAGGAGGCAUACCUUCCAGCAGAGUUGGGCACUCCAAAUAAACAGCCAACAAACUAUUUCUGCAAAACUUUAACUGCCAGUGACACUAGCACUCAUGGGGGAUUCUCUGUGCCUCGACGGGCAGCUGAAAAAGUGUUUCCUUCAUUGGAUUUCUCCCAACAGCCUCCUGCUCAAGAGUUAGUUGCAAGGGAUUUGCAUGGUAAUGAAUGGAAAUUCAGACAUAUCUUCCGGGGCCAACCCAAAAGGCAUCUACUUACCACGGGAUGGAGUGUCUUUGUGAGUGCUAAAAGACUUGUUGCUGGUGAUUCUGUGUUGUUUAUCUGGAAUGAAAAGAACCAAUUGCUUCUUGGCAUCCGCCGUGCUAAUCGACCACAAACUGUGAUGCCUUCGUCGGUGUUGUCAAGUGACAGUAUGCACUUGGGGCUUCUUGCUGCCGCAGCUCAUGCAGCUGCAACAAAUAGUCGUUUCACUAUUUUCUAUAACCCACGUGCUUGCCCAUCAGAAUUUGUCAUACCCUUAGCAAAGUAUGUUAAAGCUGUGUAUCAUACUCGAGUCUCAGUUGAUAUGCGUUUCAGGAUGCUGUUUGAAACAGAGGAAUCAAGUGUGCGGCGAUACAUGGGUACGAUAAUUGGAAUUAGUGACCUGGAUCCUGUCCGGUGGCCAAAUUCACAUUGGCGCUCAGUCAAGGUUGGCUGGGAUGAAUCCACGGCAGGAGAGAGACAGCCUAGAGUGUCUCUAUGGGAAAUUGAGCCGUUAACAACAUUUCCUAUGUAUCCAUCACCAUUCCCCCUCAGGCUCAAACGACCGUGGCCUCCAGGACUGCCUUCAUUUCAUGGCAUGAAGGAUGACGAUUUUGGCAUAAAUUCACCCCUGUUAUGGCUCCGAGACACUGAUAGAGGGCUUCAGUCUCUUAAUUUUCAGGGGAUUGGGGUUAGUCCUUGGAUGCAGCCAAGGUUUGAUUCUUCCGUGCUGAAUAUGCAAACAGAUAUGUAUCAAGCUAUGGCUGCUGCUGCACUUCAGGACAUGAGGAGUGUAGAUCCUUCGAAACAGCAUCCUGCUUCCUUGCUUCAAUUUCAGCAACCACAGAACUUCCCAAACAGGAGUGCUGCUUUAAUGCAGGCCCAGAUGUUGCAGCAGUCACAACCUCAGCAGGUUUUUCAAAAUAAUCAAGAGAGUCAGCAUCCAUUGCAAUCUCAGCCACAAACUCAGACUCAUCUUCAGCCGCAUCUACAGCAUCAGCACUCAAUCAAUAGUCAGCAUAAUUAUCACAACCAGCAGCAGCAACAACAACAAACUCAACUGCAACAGCAAGUGGUAGAUAAUCAACAGCAGAUUACGAGUGUAGUCUCUACAAUGUCUCAAUUUGUUUCAGCACCUCAACCUCAAUCACCACCUAUGCAAGCUAUCGCUUCACUGUGCCAUCAGCAAAGUUUUUCUGAUUCAAAUGGGAACCCUGUGACUACUAAUGUUUCUCCCCUGCACAGUAUCUUGGGUUCAUUUCCCCAGGAUGAAACAUCCCACCUUCUGAACCUUCCUAGAACAAAUUCUUGGGUUCCUGUUCAAAAUUCAAGUGCAUGGUCCUCCAAGCGUGUUGCACUUGAUCCUCUCCUUUCUUCUGGAGCAUCUCAAUGUGUUCUGUCUCAGGUGGAGCAGUUAGGGCAGCCACAAAAUACCAUGUCUCAAAAUGCUGUUACAUUGCCACCAUUUCCUGGUAGAGAGUGCUCAAUAGACCAAGAAGGGAGCAAUGAUCCACAAAACCAUCUUUUAUUUGGUGUUAAUAUAGAGCCCUCAUCUCUUCUAGUGCAUAAUGGGAUGUCAAGCCUCAAGGGGGUUAGCAGCAACAGUUGCCCUUCAACCAUGCCCUAUCAAUCUUCUAAUUACCUGAAUACCACAUGCACUGAUUCUUCAUUGAAUCAUGGAAUAACACACAGCAUUAGCGAUUCCGGCAUCCUGCAGGCACCAGAAAAUGCAGGGCAUGGAAACCCACUGAACAAGACCUUUGUGAAGGUUUAUAAAUCAGGGUCCUUUGGAAGAUCAUUGGAUAUUACUAAAUUCAGCAGCUACCACGAGCUGCGCAGUGAGCUCGCCCGAAUGUUUGGCCUUGAAGGCGAGUUGGAGGACCCUGUGAGAUCAGGCUGGCAGCUUGUAUUUGUUGACCGAGAGAAUGAUGUUCUUCUCCUCGGUGAUGGCCCCUGGCCGGAAUUCGUAAAUAGUGUAUGGUGCAUCAAGAUACUUUCGCCUCAGGAAGUGCAGCAAAUGGGAAACUCCGGCCUGGAGCUUUUGAACUCGGUUCCGAUUCAAAGGCUCUCUAAUGGCCUCUGUGAUGACUACGUCAGCCGUCAGGACCCAAGAAGUUUAAGCUCUGGGAUAACAACUGUGGGGUCUUUAGACUACUGAAGGUUGAGACUGUUAAUAGUCUGCAUUUCUUCUAUCUCUUGUAGUAUUAUCUUUGCUUCUCAAACCCUUUGCUAAUGGUGGGAAGUGCUUCCCUACUAAGUGUAGUUUAUAGCCUACUCUUUAGCCUUUUGUUUUGUUUUCCUGUUUUUCCUGCUAGGAUCAUUCAUAAACUAAUACUGUAACUAUAUGGCAUCUAGUCUUUGUGCUAGCUAUACAAUAUAUACAAUACUUAAUCCAUUAGGAAAUCA